GAUUAGUGAUAAGACAAUAUAAAUUACAUUAAACAUUUUUUUUUUAAAAUCUCAAGCACAAUUUGUUGCGCCUGAGGCAGCGACCAAUAUAUAUAUCAUAGAGUUGGGUUCAGAAUCUUCGCAAUUGUGUCCAGGAAUUUAAGAACUGGUAAGUCUUAGGCUAUUGAAAAAAAAAAGUGCUAAUGAUGAAUCAAUAGGACCGUGUGUGAUUAAGACGCUCUGUAGUGAUCUAACAAAGUGGUUGUUAACUGUUAAAGACUUAGGGCCUUUUAAUGAUAGAUUUAAAUUGGCGGCGACGGGGGUGGGUGGGGAUCGUCUGCCCAUGACUUAAAAAAACAAGAAAAACAAGAACAACGAAAGAAUAUAUUUUAACAGGAAGAUUAAAAUCAAUAACGUUUGAAAUGAAACAAAAUCAGGGCAAUAUUAUUCUAUUGUUCUAGUUAACAGAGUUUUUGUUUAAAAAAGGAUAUAACGGUUAAGAUUUCCAACAGCCUCUCGUUUCUGUUAUUUCAUUGAACAAAACGACCGCCCCAUGUAAUCCCCCACGCAGUCACGCGUCAGUCAAUUGGUUCCAUGAUUGCACACAAGGUCUUAACGACUCUCAGUCCAUUACAAUAUUUAACUCAGAUUAUCUCCCAAUCACAAUCAACGGUUUACUUUAUCUAUCACAGUCAACAGUUUACUUUACCAAUCACAAUCAUCGGUUUACCUUACCAAUCACAAUCAACGGUUUACUUUACCAAUCACUCUCAAUCUCAUUAACCAAUGACCAUCAACGGUUUACUUUUCUCUUUCAGUCAACAUGAUUAAGUACGUCAUCUUUGCGGCGGUGGCCACCACAGUUCUCGCCUUCCCGUCUUUUAGGACACGUAUCCCAAAUGGGGAUAAGGUCCCAAAUCCAUGCCCAGGGGGAGGCACCUGGCAAGGUGUUGGUCAUUUGAACUCGACUGGGGGAGGCCCGUUGAACCCAUUUGGAGUGGUAGGUACUGGACACAGUAGUUUACAAUCCUGCUUGUGACACUAGGGCAAAGCAUGAGUUCGUAGGUUGGUUUUCGGUUAAGUUACCUUAGUUUAGGUCAUCUGUAGGUUUGGUUUCGGUUAGUUGUAGUUUGGGUUUAGAUUAGUUGUAGGUUAUGUUUAGGUUAGUUCCAGGUUUGUAGGUUAGGUUUAGCUUUUUUGUAGGUUAGGUUUAAAUUCGUUGUAGGUUUGUAGGUUAGGUUUAUGUUAGUUGUUGGUGUGUAGGGUAGGUUAGGUUUAGGUAAGGGUAACACAUGGCUAAAUGCUGUUGUGCGUAUACAUUUGCCAGUUUAACGCGUACCCCUGAUCAUACAUGGCCAAAAAGAUUGAAAUUGUUGUUUGUUUUUGUUUUAAGUUAAAGUAAAUGAGAAUAACUAAUGCAGUUGGCAUAUACACAGCUCAUACUCAUCUAUUUCAACUCUGAUAUUUCGCCCUUGAAAUCUUAAUAUGUUUUGACUCUAAUCAUUUCAUUUUGAAUUCCACGGUAAUAAAUAUGUUCAUCUCCAAAAUGAGUGGUUUGCACCAAUCAGAGGUGAUUUGAUUGUGGUGAUUGGUGACCUAAUUUAAAAUCCCACAGGACUUUGACGCCGCCUUAUUCCAAUGGACACAAGCCCUGUGCAGGUUGGACUCGGAUAAAGACGGCAAGACCAACGGGGAGGAGCUGGGAGAUCCCAACUGUACAUUCACAGCUGCCGUCCCUGGAACCUUGCUUCCACCCACUGGAAACCCCGGUGAGUCCAGAUCUGUUUGGUAGGCGAUGGUGGAGCUUGUUAUGGUGCUGGUAACCCUCUGCCGUCACAGUGCUGCAAUGAGUUGGUUUGGGUAGCAGCGGACCUCUGCAGCAACAAUGUUAAAAACGUAAUGGUUUGGUCUAAGUGAGCCUAAUUAGUUUUACAACGACUAAAGAAACAGUGAAACAUGAAGAUCCAAGAGCUCGACACCCCGCCCCUGAUGUAUUCCAUCCAAUGCAACGUUUAGCAUGAUAAUGAUGACAUUGCACAGGGAUUCUUAAAAAAAAUAAUUGGUCCCCAACCUACCCCGAUUCAUCUUUUGUUAACGAGCAUUACACCAUGUUAUCAGCAAGGUUAUCAGCUAUGCGUACAGUAGUUACUCAGGGUGAGCUAGCGCGUAGUGGAUCGGGGGGCUUAACUUGAGCGGCGUCUCCUCUCCGGUACGGAAAACUUGGAGAACCGUUUGUGACAAGGCUGGUUCGAUAUGUUACAUUAAUGUGUGUGCAGCGAGGCUGGUUCGAUAUGUUACAUUAACGUGUGUGCAGCGAGGCUGGUUCGAGCUGCAACAUUGAUGUAACGAUGAAUUCAAUUUCAAUAAAAGAACUAUUGUCUUUUUUCAAUAACAAUAGCAAACUAAGUUUAUAAUGUUGAAACUUUAAGCUCACAAAAUGCUGAAUAGGAUAGUGAUACAAUUAUUCUUUAUUUUUUUUUAAUGAAAAAAAAAAGUAAAUUCUUUACCUUUGAAGCCACUGGAAGCUGUUGAAUACUGUUACGAACAUGCUAUGUAUACUAUAUGGAUAAGAAAUAUUUGUUCCAUUGUUUCCCCAGGGAUCUGCGAACCACUGGACUCUGCUGCAUGCCAAGCUCAAAAAAAUGUAUGCGCGUAGAGAUAUUUAUUUAAAAUAAUAUGUUUUUUAACCAACUUUUUCUCCAAGUCUCCCAAUGCAUCAAUCAAUAAUAAAAUGAUUUUCAAAAAAAGAUAUAAUAAAAAAAGUGUUGUCUUGUAUAAAGUUUUAUUGACCUAAAAAACUGAUGAAUGAUGACGUAGUUUUAAUUAUAUCCCGGCAUGCUCGAUCCAAACAAACGUCGGUGGUCGGGGGUUGGUUGCCGGGGGUUGGUGGUACUCACCCUGUCCUCCGUUUUAUAUAUAUAUAUAUAUACAUAUAUAUAUAUAUGUGUGUGUGUGUGUGUGUGUGUGUAUAAAUAUAUUUAUAUCAAGGGAACGAAUACACCCCCCCACCAAGAGGGGUUAUAAAACUAAGUUAUACAUGAUUUCCUCUCGUGUUUUUUGUCUUGAAGAGUGUUAAACGAUUUUCACAAACUCGCCCAUCCGAGCUCAACUUAAGGCAAGAGGAAAUAAGGAGGAGUGUGGAGGGGCUGCUUCCGUCCCAGCCCCGUGUCCACAAGGGGGGAAAUAAUUUAACUCAAACAACGUCUUUUGUUUAAAAAAACAAAAACAAAAAAACAACAACCACCAAAAAUUGAUUCAAUGGCGAUGAACCAAAUUUAUCAGUCCGCCACGUUCAUUGUAUUAUUGACCGGGGCGACUGCACCCCUCCUCUCUUGGAUACGCCUUUUUUUCCGAAGCCCCGACUUUACAGGACGUCUCAGUAAUGUAGACUUGUUAUGCAGGUUUAAUUCUUCAAAAUUGUGGACAUUUCUAAAAUGAAAUAGUGAUUUUUGGGAAGCCGGUCCACGCAUGCCAUUCUCAAUCUACAACAUAUCAGCCUUCUAAGAUGGUAAGGCUAGCAACAAAUGUAAAAUAAGAAUCCAGCUUAAAAAUGUCAUCAAGCACUGGACAUGUGAACUAUCGGUCCCAAUAACAGUUUGGUAUGUGCAUCAUAUUCUACUGUACUUAACAUUAAUGCGGAGAUGUUAUUAAAUGUGUAACAUGACCACAAAAAAAAAAAAAAAAAAAAAAAAAAAAAAAAAAAAAAAAAAAAAAAAAAAAAAAAAAAAAAAAAAAAAAAAAAAAAAAUUUUUUUUUUUUUUUUUUUUUUUUUUUUUUUUUUUUUUUUUUUUCACACACACAAGAAACUUAAUUAGACUAACUUCCUACAUAACGUUUUGCAAAAGUGAAUAAUAUUAACGAUAUAUAAAAUUAUAAUCGAUAUUACUAAAGAUUAAAAUGAAAUCAUUUUUCAAAAAAAUUAUUUAGGCCAUACAAUAUUAAUUAUUGAAGGAAACACUCAUCAACACCCAGACGUCGUAGCUAUAGAGACCCAAGCCAUGCCCAGCGGAAUAUCAGUGCAAAUAACUCUUUAGCUCAGCAUUUUUUGUACACUCAAACAGUGCCCGUCGCAACAUACAGACUUACAAAAAUAUGUUUAAAAAAAAGAAGAUAUUAUAUUGGUCUCAGACGAAAGUGCAGAAGAUGUGAAAUGAUGACUUCAUUUCAAAAUCUAACGAAGAAGCUUGGGACAAGAUAGAUUGUUCAAGGUGUGCAGUUCAAUGUGUACAGCUCAAUGUGUACAUCUCAAUGUGUAUAGCUCAAUGUGUAUAUUUCAAUGUGUAAAGCUCAAUGUGUACAGCUCAAUGUGUACAGCUCAAUGUGUACAGAUCAAUGUGUACAGCUCAAUGUUUAUAGCCAGUUUUUUACAGAAUUUUUCCCCCCCGGAAGGGGGGGGCGCACUUCCGCGGGGGGGGGGAGUGCCAGUUAGUUUAUUGUUGGACAUAUUUAUGCUCCGGGGGGCACUUGGCUUCCCCUCCCCCCCGGAGAUAUAGCUUAAAAAACACUGUUUAUAGCUCAAUGUGUACAGCUCAAUUAUACAGCUCAAGGUGUACAGCUCAAUGUGUACAGUUUUAGGUUAUUCCUUUGUGUCUAAAAUUUGUCAAUUCCACAUAAAUUUAGGACACUGCGUCAUACAAGGCUGCAGUCUUCACUUGCGUCUAAGACUCACACAUUUGUUGUUCAGAUGGUGUCAUUCAGAAAUGGAAACAAUGGGCUUCAUCUAUUCAACAUUUAAUAAUCAUCUCUCAUUAAAUUAAGUCCUAUUUUUAAUUAAUGUGUACAACGAUAUUUUUUGAGUGUAAAAAUGGAUGCCAGAUUUAAUUAAGGUUAAUAGAACAUUAAAUCGUGUGGUUUGAGCUCAACACUUCAGUCAUCUUCAAUAAAUUGUGCAAUAAGGCUUGAAAAAAAAAAAAAAGACAGACUAAUUAAAAUGACGUUUUGGCCAAAUGCCGUUUUACAAUUAUUAAACCCUAAGACUAUGUUGUUGUUUCUUUUAAAAUUAACAAAAACCGGCUUUUAAAACUUCAACUUUAUCAACAAAAUCUAUGUGUUUACGUGGCACACUGAUAAGAUGACAGAUGUUCAAUAGUUUGGCCAGCGUGUAGUGCAGAGCUCACUGUAAGCAAUAAGUAUUAUUGCACUCGUCAUCAAACAACCAACCAGCGACCACCAACCACCGACCACCACCCAGUGACCACCAACCAGCGACAACCAACCACCAACCCCCCGACUACCAGCCACCGUCUACCAACCACCGACCUCCCGACCACCAACCAGUGACUACCGUCUACCAACCACCGACCUCCCGACCACCAACCAGUGACCACUAACCACCAACCAGCGACCUCCCGACCACCAACCAGCGACCACUAACCACCAACCAGUGACCACCGUCUACCAACCACCGACCUCCCGACCACCAACCAGCGACAACCAACCACCAACCCCCUGACUACCAUCCGCCGUCUACCAACCACCGACCUCCCGACCACCAUCCAGCGACCACUAACCACCAACCAGCGACCACCGUCUACCAGCCACUGACCUCCCGACCACCAUCCAGCGACCCCUAACCACCCACCAGCGACCACUGUCUACCAGCCACCGACCUCCCGACCACCAUCCAGCGACCACUAACCACCAACCAGCGACCACUAACCACCAACCAGCGACCACCGUCUACCAACCACCGACCACCAACCAGUGACCACCAACCAGCGACCACCGACUACCAACCACCGACCUCCCGACCACCGACCACCGACCACCAACCACCAACCAAAAGAUCUUAAAGGAAAAAAAUUAACAUUUAACAAUUGAUGUUCUCCUAUUUUUAGAAAAGUUUAGCACACGAACUAUUUCGUUCAUCAACUGGUAAAAAAUUGAUUAUGUUUUCCUUUAUUGAGGAAAAAAUGAUAAAAAUGAAUUAUUGAAACAUCAUGCUUUGAACAGAAACAUAAAAUAUGUAUCUUCGAUUUUCAUUUUUUUAUCCGAAUGUAAAAUAAACUUAGAAUUUUUUUAUUUUUUUUUUAAACGCGACCUGUGACGAGGAAUGAUCGGAUAUUCCACCUGUUUAGUUUAUUGCUAAAGAAUCGUAACACAUCUUUUAGAGACAAAAGGCUUUAGUUAUCUGUGACAUCGCCAUGAUACCACGAAAGGAUGUUCCUUGAAGUUAUCGUGCCCUGUUUGCCGUGUCAUUAAGGCGAGUUUUUGAUCUUGUACGGUCAGAUUUUUAUAGCAACUGAUGACACGAAUAAACCCCAAAGAACUUUAUUGCAAAAAACUAAAACAUGAUUUUGCAGACAGCCUUUUAGCCCAGUGAUAGCACAAAAGAGUUAACUGGGAAUCCGUUAAAUGAUUAAAAAUGACCUGUAAGGAUUUCACGGAACCUUUAAGUGCAACGUCUGAACUUGAUGGCCUUUCUAAACGUCAUGAAUAUUAAAAAAACAAAAAAACCAAAAACAAAACAAAUAAUCUAUUCCUUGGCUCUCAGCGUGGUUGACCAGACGUCUGAUUAGCCAAGUUUAUUUAAGUGCGCGCCAGUUCUGUCCAGGUGCAGAAAUAAUAUCGCAGAGCCUUAUUGAUAAAAUAAACCAGGUGAGACAAAGGCUAAAUAAAGUAUUCAUUAGAUUGUUGAAACUGCUGAAAGGGUUUUCGUAUUUACCUGUUACGGCGUUCUGUGUAAAGUAUCAUUUUUAAAAUGAGCUUUACGCUCAGAUCACACGAUCAAAUUUUCGUCAAAUUUCUUGUUAAACCCACUAUAUAUUUUGUGUCUUACAAAAUAUAGAUUUAGUCUUACAAAAUAGUGCGUUCAAAAAAAAAAAGUUAUACAAAUUUUGACUAAUAUUUGAUCGUGUGAACUGAGCUUUAGCAUAUAAUAAUUUUGAUUAACGAUCGGUAACACUGGCCAGCACAAAAUUUGUCGCAACGAAUGGUAUACAUUUUUCCAAGUCUAUUUGCCCUGCUGAUUCCAGAAACGGUUUUAGUAUUUUUUUUAUUUUUGUUUAUUUUUAGAAUAUUGAAUAUAUGUCAUUAUUAUUAAGCAUGAAAUAUCAUAUUGAAAUUAUUUACUGAAAGAAAAGCGUACUUCAUUAUCAUGUGAUUAUUUUAUGUCCAAACAUACAGAUUACUGGGAAACGUGUAUUGUAAUUCCCCACAAAUGAAGUUUCCUUUACUUUGACUUGAUAACUUAGGGUCUUACAGGACAAAGUCGAAUAAGAUGAUUUAAAAAAAAAAAAAAAAAAAAAAAAAAAAAAAAUUCCUUUUAAAUAUAAAAUAAAAAAAAAAAAAAAAAAAAACUCCAUCAUAUGUGAAUUUCAUGUAAGUUGUCAUUGCUGGCAAUGGUCAUAGUACGCAUCUUUCACUUCACUCCACUCUUCCCCUAAGGCUCUCUUGACACCAAUCUAAGUAAUUGCAGUUAAGUUCUUUGUUGUUGUUUCCACAAGAAGAAUAAAAAAAAGAGCAGGAAGUCGGUUCCAUAUCAUUCAUUGAUUUUUAUGAAAGCUACGUCACUUAUUCGUUUUCUGAUCUGUGGAUCAACAAAAAAUAAAAAAUCCAGCUUUCACUUUCUGUGUGAAUAUUUUAUUUUCGAUGUGCAUUGUAUGCUUUAUUAUAAGCGUUUACAAACCAUUUUAUCAGACAUAGCUAGAUUUAUAUGUAAUAUUACAUUAUAAAUUACAGUAGAGUGAUUCUAUCUUAGGUUACUCAAGCUUGAUUGUUGAAAAUUUUUCCUCGGACCAUCAUAUUUCCUCAAAGGUCAAUAUUUUCUUGCUAAAUUUUCUUGACUGGCUAUAUUGUUAUAUUAAAAAAAAAUGUUUAUUAUUCCAAAAAAAGUCAGGAAAAGCAAGGACACCCGUGUUGCCACUUUGUAAACAAAUGGGAAAACCAUUUACAAUUCUAUACAAAUGAACCAAAAAUGUUUUUUAUUUUAAUUUAAAAAAAAAAGUAAUUUACCUUACAAAUUAAAAAAAAACAACAAAAAAACUAAAGAGAUUGACGUGUUUUAUUUUUUUUUUCAUCCUGGGAAUUGACUGAUGGAAAAAAAACAACAAUACCUGUUGCCAUGGGCGUCCACAGGGGGGCAAGGGGGCUCCCCCUGGAUUGAUUGGAUAAAAAAUUUUUAGACAAAAAUAGACAAAAAAUUUAUUAAAGUAAAAGGAAAAUAAAGAGAAAGUAACUACGCUGAUGUCCUGUCCGUUCGUUCACCAUACAAAUACGCUACAGUAAAUUAAAACUACAUUAAAACAUUACUAAAUUUGUUUUUGCCCCCUUCUAUAAAGUUAAUCGAUUUUCUUUGCCCCCCCCCCCCUAGAAAGUUUUCUGCGGGCGCCCAAUGCCUGUUGCCAUUUACUCGAAGAAUACAUUUAACACUACAAUUUGACUGUUUAAGAAAACUCGCCAUAAACGUGAUUUAUGUUCCGAAACACAAACUAUUUUUGUCUUCGGUUAACAGAAACCACCCACACACAAAUAAAAAAAACAAAAAACAUGAAAUCGCAGCAAACCCUCUAAGAGAUGUUGUAAUGUUUGUUCCAGGAUGAUAGUAAAUCAUUUCGCCUCAAAUGCUGAGGCUGACAUUCUUGUAGAGAUCUCCAGCUCAGUACAUAUCUUCGCAUAUUAUAUGCUGGGCCCAUGGCUAAUCUUCAUUUCCAACCAUAGCAUCCUAUUAACCUAUAAAAUAUUUUUUUUUUUCAAACUUAGAACAAAUUUCCUACAUGUUGAAAAUGAAAUCUACAUGCAGCUUUUUUUUAAAUAUUCAGGCUGGAUGCUUAUUAAAUUAAAUAUAAAAACAUGAAAUAUAUUAAAACAUAAUUAAAUAAAAAAUGAUGCACAAAGUCAAUUUUUAUCCUUUGAACAAAUCGCUAAAUAGAAGUGCAAUUAUUAUUGUAAUAAAAUGGAAGUAGAAAAUGUCUUUAUGCACAAAUAAAAUGUUUGGUAAUGUAAAUACAUACUAUAUUUCCCGUUGAAAUAUUUAGUUUUCUGACAAUCCCAAUCAUCGUAAUUGAACUUAAAAGGCUUUAGGGAACUGCAAGUUUUUUCAAAUUACUUCAGGUCAUGUUUAAAAAAAACAACAUCUAAAGCUGUUACGAUAAAUGCGGCCCUAUUUUUGGAAUCAGCGCCCCAAAAUAGCAUUAGGCACAGAGCGAAAUCUCAUUGUUAAAAGAUAGCUACAUUUUUUGUUGUUGGCCUGUGUAGCGAUAUUUUAAAUUCAACUAUCCUCAAGACAGACGUUCGUUUGUUUACAUUUGUCGUCUUGAUUCGUUUUAAAAUGCUAGGUCAAGGUCCAGUUGAGCAGUUCUAUUUAAUUUUGCUGGACAAAUGUGACUAAUUACCCCAAAAAAGAUAAAAAGUUAUUGACAAUUAUUGAAAAGUUUAAAUUACUUUUUAUCUUUUGUGCCUGCAGUAUUAAUUUUUACGAUUUAGCUAAAUUUCUUUUUGUUGAGAAAUUUAGAUAAAAGUAUCUUAAGAAAUAAAAAAAUAAAGUCUUAAUAUUACAGGAACAAUGUUGAAAUUGGCGGUAUUCACCCUGGCAGUCGCUACUGUUAUUCUCGGCCACCCAUCAUUUAAGGGCCUCAUUCCUAAUGGUGACAAAGUUCCAAAUCCAUGUCCAGCUGGUGGCGUGUGGCCAGGAGUUGGCCAUUUCAACAUCUCUGGAGGCGGCGAAAGAAACCCAUUCGGAGUUGUAAGUGAUUGGAAUAUUUGGAAUGCUUGGAAUAUUUGGGAUAUUUGGAAUGUUUGGAAUAUUUGGAAUGUUUGGAAUAUUUGGAAUGUUUGGGAUAUUUGGAAUAUUUGGAAUGUUUGGAAUAGUUGGAAUGUUUGGAAUAUUUGGAAUAGUUGGAAUGUUUGGAAUAUUUGGAAUAUUUGGAAUAAUGAUGUCUUUAUAACGUGACACUGACUCAGUAAACUAAUCCUAAUGAUGUCUUUAUAGCGUGAUGCUUACUCCGUAAACUAAUCCUAAUGAUGUCUUUAUAACGUGACACUGACUCAGUAAACUGAUCCCAAUGUUGUCAUCCUCUCGGUCAGGACUUCGAAGCUGCAAAUCUCAUCUGGACCGUAGCACUCUGCAAGCUGGACUCUGACCUCGAUGGCAAGACAAACGGUGCUGAACUAGGAGAUCCCGGCUGCAUCUGGACACCCACCAAUAAUGCACCGGUGCUUCCACCCCUUAGCCAUCCGGGUAAAUAGUGUUCUAACGUUUAGGCCUAAUGUGAUGCCUUUGAUUGUUUUAGUGGCAGGUCCCUAGGGACAGCGAUGAUUUUCAUGAAAUGUCAAGAGAAAAUUUGUGUAUUUUUUUAAAAUUUCAUUAUAAUGUUUUCAUGGGGAUACUAGUACUUUGAAAAAAAAAAAUGCUUUUUGGUGCUUGAAGAUCAGCAGACUAGAUUCACUCUUACCGUACUGAGACACGAUAUUAUUUCUGAUAUUCAUUUUAAAUUAUAUUAUUCAGAAACUUUUUUAAGUCGCAGUCACUGGAAAUUUAAAAAAAAAUUUUUUUUAAAGAGUUUAGAAUUGGGUAGAAAUGAUUCAAAUCUUACGACAAUAAAAACAGUUCCAAUUUUAAAAUACUUAUCGUGGCCGAAUGGCCUAAAGUGAGCAAACCUCAAGUUGGUGGUCUGGAGUUCAAUUCUAGCCAAAGUCAAGUAAAAAAAAAUGACACCGGGUGGAUGAGACUCGUUAACCUUGGUCGGCAACUCAUCCGAGAAGGAAACUCUGAAUUCAAACCCGGAGUUGGAGUCUCGUAAGGGGCAAACAAUGACGAUUCCUGCAACCGUACCCAUCCCUGGUCGUCUUGACGUAGAGUAGAGUCUUGCCACUGGAUAUGGUGGGCUCGGACGAGAGAGUGAGGUUGACGCCGCGCAACUCUUCCUCACUUUAAACAAAAGUCACCCGCGCAAGUCAUCAGUCUCCGGACGAUGGUCAUCGUCGAUAUUCGAUGUACGAACAAUAAAAAACACCUUAUCGUGUAUAAAUACAAGAGAUUGCCUCGCAUGUUGAUUCAAGUCACAUUAUAAGGAAGCUGAUAUAAUCACAAAUAAUCCUAUUAUAAUGAAGCUGAUAUAGCACAAAAAAUCCCCAUUUAAUGAAGCUGGUACAAUAAAAAAAAUAAUCCAUUAUGAUGAAACUUGUAUAAUCACACAUAAUCCCAUUAUAAUGAAGCUGGUGUAAUCACACACAAUCUCAUUAUGAUGAAGCUGGUGUAAUCACACAUAAUCCCAUGUGAACCAUUUGUUUCAUAUCCAGGUAUCUGCGAUCCCAUCAGCGCCCCUGCCUGCAAAGACCAGAGAGUCGUGUGCUAAGAUAAGCCAAACAAAUGUUUUACGACUUGUUAUUAUGCCGCAAUAAAUAACAACCUAAUUUUAAUACAUGUGUUGGCUUACAUUUGAUUAAAAUUUCAUGGUCCAAGUU